AUGGCAAACCAACAUUAAAUUAUUCGCAUUUACUAACUGCAUAAACAACAAAUAUUGUUUAAAUUUAGAUCUCAAUAAAGCACUUCAUUAAAGCCAAGAAAACAAUUCUUAGGAAAAUAAGGAUAAGAAAUUAGUAGAAAAGAUAAUACAAUCCUUAAUAAUAAGUCUCUAAAAAACAAGAAAAUAUUAAAUCUAUUAGAAAGAAUAGAUGAAAGCAUAAAUAUUUUAUGUUAGUUUUAGGGAUUAAAACAUAGUUAAGAAAUUAAAGCAAGGCAAAAUCACACUUCAGUAAUUUAAGGAAAAAUGAAGUAUUUUGAUCCAGCAGAUUUAUAAGAUGCUUAUUAUGAUAAAGAUGAUUUGUGA